GUGUAACCUGUGAGGAGAUAAAGGGGCAUGUGGAGGCCAUGUUGAGCAGACACACUCCUGACUGAUCAGACCUCAGUGGACACACAGACUUCUCUGCAGCACAGCGUGAACAGCAGAAUCAGUCAACAUGUGUUGCUCCGGCUUUCUCAAAAUUAUGAUGUUCAUCUUCAACGGAGGCAUCUUUGUUGCAGGUGCGUCCAUCCUGGGCGUGGGGAUCUGGGUGAAGGUGGACAGUGGUUCUCUGCUGGGUCUGCUGGAUAAGGUGGAGGGCACUCCGUCCGGGUUGUCGCAGCUGGUCAACGUCAGCUACCUGCUGAUCGGAGUGGGCUGCGUGCUGCUGGUCAUCGGCUUCCUGGGCUGCUGCGGGGCGGUCAGGGAGAGCAGGUGCAUGCUGCUGACGUUCUUCAGCAUCGUGUUGAUCAUCUUCCUCGUCGAGGUCGUGGGAGCUGUGGUGCUGCUCGUCUUCCAGGGCGUGGCUGAUCAGCUUCUUGAGAGUCUGGAGGAUGAAGUACGAAAAAGUAUUCAAACAGACUAUGGGAAAGAUGAAGGUUUGACCUCCCUCUGGAACGCCACCAUGACACAGUUUCAGUGCUGCGGAUACAAGAACUACACAGAUUUCGACGGCUCCCCUUUUAACGUAGGCGGCGUUUAUCCAGAAACGUGUUGCAAUUCGACCAUCACCGUGGACGUCUGCAGUCUAAACAAAGCGGAAGAAUCGAUGAUUGACGGCUGCUUUAACAAGCUGCUGCAGCUGAUAGAAGAGAACGCUCUGAUCGUCGCAGGCGUGGCUUUAGGAAUCGCUGCUCUAGAGAUUGCUGCCAUGGUGGUUUCGAUGGUUCUCUACAAAAAGAUCGGCAGCAAGGCAUAGUGUUUCCUGUUUGGGUCGAGAUAACGAUGUUAUAAUUGUUGGAGAAAUUUUCACUUUUUCUGUGUAUAUAUAUUUUUGGAUUAAAAACAGAUUAACAAAGUUUUAGUGCUCCACAUGCCACAUGCGUGUUUCUGCCAUGUGGAGCAUUAAAAUCAAAGACGGAGCGGAGGUUUCAAAUGUAUCUGUGCACAUUUCUACUGUGAUUUAUUUAUGUGUUAGGAAGUCGACUCUCAUAUGUGCUGAUGCAUGCUGUACAGGUGUAAUGAUGCACAUGUUUGUUCACUGCAGUAAAAUGAUACCAUUUAUUUUUGUAUGUUUGAUGAUCUGAAACAAUAAAUAUCACAAUCUUCACCUGUUCUUUUUUUCAUUUCUACAUCGAUGAUGCUCUGUGGCAGAUUUUCAUAGACGUGUUUUCAUAUGUUCACUUUGUAAACGUGUAAUAUGCUUCAGGUUCGGGUCAAUCAGGAUUAAAAGUCUGAACAAAG